AUGUUUUAUUCCUCCGCAGUCCUUCUUACCUCGUUCGCUGCUACGUCUGUCUUUGGACAUGGUGUCAUCGACUCCGUCAAGGGUGCCAAUGGCGUAACAAUGCCUGGCCUGACUGUUAUUGAUGGUACACCUCGUGACUGCUCCCAAGCUAAAUGUGGUUCACAAGCCGAUACCGCGAUCACCCGUGCCCGGGAGUUGGGAACUAGCAAGGCCAGUGCUCUGGGGCGCACCAGCGGCGGGGGGCCAGUUGAUGCUUCCAACAUGAUUUCACUCUUUAUGGGAGGUGAUUCCAAUGCCACCGAGGUCAAGAUGGCCCGUGAGCUGCACGAAAUAAAUAUAAUGCGUCGAUCUUUGGGCCAGCGUGCUGCCAAGGGUGGAGUCAAGACCCCACCCGGCACCGUGGAAACUGGCGUCAAGGCUGCAGCUGGUGCAGGUGCCUCGACUGGUCUACCCACCACUGCCGACGACGGUACACUUCAAAUGAACUUCCACCAAAUCAACCAAGACGGUGCCGGCCCAUUAACAGCCAUGGUCGAUGCCACCUCUGGCGGGACAGACCCCAAGGCAUUCAAAACCGCCGAAGUCACCCAAAACGUCCCAGGAGCUGGCUUUGGCGGCCUCUCCCUCUCCACCAACAUGGAUUUCCCCGUCACCGUUCAGAUGCCCGCUGGUAUGACCUGCUCUGGGACUUCUGGCGGCGCCAACGACGUCUGCGUUGUUAAGCUCCAGAAUGCUGCUAUCGCCGGACCAUUCGGUGGCUCUGCCGCAUUUACCCAAUCGCCAGCCGCGAAGAAGCGUGCCAUCGAGCACAAUCUCGCCAAGCGCCGUUUUGCACGUGCCAUUGUCUCUGGUGGGGAUUAA